AUGGAUAAUUCAACACAUUUUUCGACCAUUAUAUUGGCUGGAUACAUUGAUAUUGGGAAUAUUAAGUAUUUAUGUUUCAUUGUUUUGAUCCUGUUGUUUCUUACAAUCAUUGUAUCAAAUCAAUUCAUUAUUGGAAUAAUAUGUAAGGAGAAGUCCUUGCAUGAACCUAUGUAUGUUUUUUUAUGCAGUUUGUCUGUAAAUGAACUGUACGGGAGCAUUGCUUUAUUUCCAUCCCUUUUAAGUAAUAUGCUAGUCAAAGAUUCCAGAAGUUUCACUGACCCUUUUAUCACAUAUGCAUCAGUAGAAUUCUGUAAUUUAGCAGUCAUGUCAUAUGACAGAUAUGUAGCCAUCUGUUACCCUUUGGAAUAUCAUAGAAUCAUGUCUCCUGCCAUGACAGUUACUUUGGUUGCUCUGGGGUGGUCAGUAUCAGUUAUCAAAUUCUCCAUUAAUUUUUCUGUGAGUGUACGGCUAAAGUUGUGUGGAAAUGUAAUGGACAAAGUAUGGUGUGACAACUACAUGCUUGUGAAACUGGCAUGCUCAGACACAACAGCAAACAACAUUUCUGGCAUAAUCGGUACCAUUCUAACCAUUGUUGCACCUCUAGCAUUAAUUUUUUUCUCAUAUGCUAAAAUUUUAAGAGUCUGCCUAAAGUCUACAAGAGAAAUGACCCAAAAGGCUUUAAGCACAUGUACUUCACACCUUAUCUCACUAAUGAAUUUUUCUGUUGGAUGUUUAUUUGAAGUUAUCCAAAGCAGAUUUGAUAAGGUGCCUAUGCCCCCUGUACUACGUGUGAUUCUCUCACUUUAUUUUCCGAUAUGUACACCGCUUAUCAAUCCUAUCAUGUAUGGUAUGAGACUUUCUAAGAUAAGAAGGGCACUCAAAAAAUGUAUUUACCCCUGGAACCACAUAAAACCCACAUCAUAG